AUCCAUCCAUUGCACAACCACUGGAGUGAAGAAAGAGGAAACUUAUAAAUGUUGCACAUUUUGCUUCCGCUUUACAUUGUCCUUCUCAUUCCCAUCAUGAGGACGUCGGGGAUCUGUGCUGGGAUCUUUAAAGCUCCAGUUCUCUGUUUCUUGUGGCUCACGAAGCACACAGUGGUCUCAGUGCAGCUAUCGGCUCCAGACGUGGUAACAGGAACAUACAAUGGAUCCGUGACAAUCUCUUGUCAGUACGACCUUCAGUUCAAAGAAAACACAAAGUACUGGUGCAAAGGGCCGGUAUAUGAGCUGUGUGCGAUAGUUGUGAAAACACCAAAAAACAAAUUUAACGACCGGAGCUCCAUCGUGGAUGAUAAGGAAGCAGGAGUCUUCACUGUAACCAUGACUUCACUCAGAAAAACAGAUGAGGAUAGGUACUGGUGCGUCAUUGCCAGACCUGGAAGGAACAUCUUCAAGCGUGUCAAGCUCCUCAUCUCCAACGCAGUGGCGACCACACCAACCACCACACAAAACAACUCAUUACUGAUACUGGAACAAGAACAAACAAGCUGGUGGGCGGCUCUACGUUGGAUCCUCUUUAUUUUAAUGUUGUGCUGUUUGGCAUCAAUGCAUUUCAUUGUGUGGAGGAUAAAUGCUGCAAAGAAAAUACAUUUACGACAACAUUUUCCCAUCAGAACUAUAACAUGAGUUAAAGUUGGGCAUCGCCACAAUUUUAAAUAUAAAUUUAAACAUUCCUACCGAGGCGACCAAACAACUCUUCCACUGGACAUUCCUUCUCUGUGUAAUCUGACCUGAAAAUAAAUCAAGUGCAAAGUAGCAUUUACUUUUUUUCCCCUAAGUGUUUAAAUGAUUAAAGCCUCAUUAGUGCCAGGGCCUGAGAUAACUUUAGGCACAACUUUUGAAUAUCCAAUAAGCUUAAAAUUAGCACCCCUGGAGAAACGAUGCUGUUGGCUUUCAUUUAAUUUAUUUGCAGAUUUUAGAAGAACAGUGGUUGGUAUUUGUUUUUUGGUAGGGUUUUUCACAAAAUCUAUCAGUGUUGGACUCCUACCUGAAAACAAUGCAGAGUAAAAAAACCUUCAUGUAUAAUUGAAAAGCCAACUAUGAAGAACUGUUUUUAAAAGACAAAACAUGGACAAUAUUAACGUUGGAUGGUGGUUAUUUGUGUCUCUCUUUUCCUGUUACACUGAGGAAGAAUCACAGAGUUACAAUUUCUUCACAUUAAUGUAAUUUCACACUUGCAUAGGCCUGUGGUUCUCGCCCUGAGUGACAUUGCAUAGUCUCAAUGGAUACCUGCAGCAGAGAUGGAGUGUUUCUAUCCAAAGCAAAUUAUGUAAACUGGUGACCUCCAGUCACAAUCAAAGGUAAAUUGCCCUCAAAUUCCUCCGAAAAUGGUAAACAUGAGAUUCUCUGAGAACAGCAAUGAUGAUUAGUGAUCCUGGCCAAGCAGAUUUUAUUACUCUGGUGGUUAUAGCUGCAAGAAGUUGCACAAUGCUUUCAGAAAUGUGAAAACGCCACAGAACAGCAUUUAUCAUCUGUUCAUUAUUAUAUUCCUGUACAAUCUAAUGCAAUAAACAUGCAUUUAAUCUUAUUUUGGGAUGCAUACAAAGUUUGCUUUAUGUGUGUAUUAGAAGUACGUGAGUAUUUGGUUUACAUUGCAUAUGACUGCAAUAUACUGUAUGCUGUUUAUGAUAUUCAGUCCCUCCUCUUGAGAGUAGACGAAGCACCUUUGAGGCAGAAGACAUUUUCACUCACCAUAGUAGGGAAAGCAUAUAUGCUACUCCCUUAUUAUAUAGAUAUUAUUUGCACCUGUACAGUUGUGACAUGUUCUCUGAGACAAACACCAGUUUCAAUGUAGGGUAAACCUGGGUUAGAUACUGCCAUUAAGAGAAAUGUUUAGUUUCUUUGGAAAUAUGUGUAUAUAUUAAAUGUCAUCAUAAGACAAAA